UUUAUCCAUUCCCCCCCUUGUAUCCAUCCGAUUUCUCAAGUGCAAUGCAUGCGAUCCUCAUAAAAAUUCACCCCAAAUUAUUAUAUUGCUCCUUUACGUAGCUACUCGGAAGCUCGCUCACUCUAACAACCUUCGCAUGUGGCCAAUAACACCGUCACCUCGCUUAUAUAUACUCUCCACACCCUUACAGCCUUACUCCCCCAACGCCACCACGAUAUUCUUACACUCUCUGUCUCCAUAAGCGCACGGAAAUGGAACAUGAGAGCAAAGUAGCCACGGCGGAUGCCGGCGUGCCGGCGACGAACUACCGGGGAGUACGCAAGAGGAAGUGGGGCAAGUGGGUCUCCGAGAUCCGAGAACCUGGCAAGAAGACACGAAUUUGGCUCGGAAGCUUCGAGUCGGCCGAGAUGGCUGCCGCCGCCCACGACGUCGCCGCGCUGAGGCUCAAGGGCCGCGACGCUCGCCUCAAUUUCCCCGAGGCCGUCGACCAGCUCCCCCGGCCCGCCAGCUCCGACCCGAGCGACAUCCGGUCCGCAGCCCUCGAAGCCGCCGCCAGGGUCCGGUUGAGGCAGGAAUUCGCCCGGUCGAGCCCCGUCAGCUCCGGCUCGACGGCGUCCGAGUGGCCGUGGAAUGACGAACUCGGGCUCGACUCGCCCAAGAUGUGGGUGGAGCUGGCGGAGGCCAUGCUGCUGGCCCCACCAGUCUGGUCCAAUGAUACCGGUGAGCUGGACGAUUGGGUGCAGGGAUCGCUGUGGGAUCCGCUGUUGUAAACUGUAAGGGCAACAUCCUUUAAUUUUUAAGAGAGGGGAUGGUUGGGUGUUGAUUUGUGUUUGGGAUAUCAAAGAUAUCGAUGUAGAAAAAUUUCACGUGAAUACAGGUGAAUGUAUUAUUAUGUUUGGAAAAGCAAACAAAGUGAAUAUUAUCGUGUGGCAUUAUAUAU